AUGACGCCCAACCAACCGCAAGCUUUCAUUUCUAGCUACGCACCUCGUCUGAGGCAGUAUGGUAACUCUCUUCUCACGCCCGUCAUCCCACAGACCAUCCCCACAGUACCUAGCGCACGGACAACGAAGAGAGGCACGAUAGCAAAGAAUUAUGCGGAAGAUGAAUAUGACGAUGACGAUAUAUUUGAGGACGGAGAGACCUCAAGGCGGCAUACCGGACUGCGAAGUAGAAGAGAGGACCCAGGCCAUGGAAAAGAAGCAAUUGCAGAUAAAAUUGGGAAGGAGAUACAUGAGCCAGUCGAAGUGCAAGGCAUAUGGAGAGAUUGGAUGGGGAAGUUGAGAAUCGUCAGAACCGACAAACAACAUCACGCACAGACCAACCUCCCUCUCACUUUGAUACCUAUCAGGCUCGACAUUGACAUCCCUUCCUACAUACCUCAGCCUGCUCUUCCACUCCCUCCCAACGCUCACGAACUCGGUAUCAACGCUGCCUUACCACAAUACAGAGUCCCUGAAGCAACUCCAGCCUACCGACUAAAAGACAUCUUCCUUUGGAAUCUGCACGAGACCCUCAUAACACCCGACCAAUUCGCCAACAUCCUCAUCCACGACCUAGACCUUCCAGCCAGCCCGAAAAUAGUAACAGACAUAAGCUCUCAAAUACGCUCCCAACUAGAAGAAUACGCCGGCGUGGCUCUCCACCCCCUCUUCCACACCACUAAAUCCACCACGACCACCAACGGCAACAUUCCCAAAGCCUCCCAGCCAUCCUCCACACUCCCCCAACCUUCCACCCCAUCCCCAGCUCCACAGCACACCAACGGUAUAAACGGCCACUCAACACCCAAGCCCGACAUUACCGCCCACGCGCGCGCCCCUCCCCCUCAACCCCAACCGCGGCCGCAGUCACAACCCCCCAUAAACAACGAACUCGACCCCGACGACAUGUACCGCUGCAUCGUCACCCUAAACAUAAACCUCCAAAACAAACUCUACACCGACAAAUUCGAAUGGUCGCUCCUCCACCCUGUCGGUCUCGCCGAGCGCUUCGCGCGACACACCUGCGCCGAUCUCGGGUUGGCAGGGGAAUGGGUGCCCGCCAUGGCGCACGCGAUCUACGAAGCCGUUCUGCGGUUGAAAAAAGAAGCUUGUGAGACGGGCGGCAUGCUAUACGGUGGUGGAAUCGGCGGGGUGGAGUUAGAGAACAUGGCCGUCGACUUGAGGGGCGAAGGCGCGGGGGCCGGGUGGCGGUACGAUCCAGAGAAUCUGUGUGAGGAGUGGGAACCGAGCUUGGAGACGUUGAGUAAGGAGGAGAUUGAGAAGAGGGAGGGGGAUAGGGAAAGGCAGUUGAGACGGCUGAGGAGGGAGACCGCGAGGUUUAGUAGUACGAGUCAGAUGGUGGGGAGUGAGACUGCGGGAGGAUAUGGGAAUGGUGGAGGCGGUGGCGGUGCUGGUGGAGGAGCGGGAGCGGGAGCAGAGGAAGAAACGCAGCUAGGUCGUGGGGAGAGGAGUAAGAAGAAACGACGCUUUAGGAGCUUGAGCCCUGUGGGCAGGGCGACGCCUGAGGUGGUGGGCAAUGCUGGGUAUGGAGGCGGAGGGGUGGGGUUGCUGAAUGAGUGGUUCGUUUUCUAUCCUCCCAUCGUCUGUUGGCUUCACUAUGAGAGGGUGAAUGGGUACUGA